AUUUAUUUAUUUACCCAGAUAUCUUACUCUUUUGGAAGUUUGUACCGAAAAGGAUAGAAGAUAUCUCACCAGUAAAUCGUCCUUUAGAAGCUUUCAGCUUGUCAAAUUAUAGAGAUUUAUACAUCCGUUUAAGGAAAGAUGUCAGGAGCACUUUAUAAUCUAUCCUUUCUUAGAAAAACUUUGGAAAACGUAUUAAUGCUUUAAGAUACAUGUAUAACACAACAAUGACAUUGUAAAAGGGAUUUUCAUUUAUAGGUGAAGGUAUGUAAUGCUACAUUUUUAAACACGCUCUUUGCUUCAGUGUUCUUCGUUUGUUCUUUUCUCUUAACCGGAUCAUUAAAUUGAGCGUCAGAGGGCUAACGCCGAAGAUCCCUUCCCUGGUCUGACACUAAUGCUCGCUGUAUUGCAGGAUAGUACGGAGUCUUCAUCAAGUCAAUAGUAGAGCCACAUCUCUAGCUCACCGUCUUCACCUAUUUUAGACAGAAUCAUAUAGUUUAACAUUAAACUCCUCAAAAUAUUCAUAGCGAUUUAAAAUUUCAUGAGAAUAUUUUUAACAACUUUAAAUUUAAAAAGAUAAGGAAACUUUAUGAGCUCAUUGAGUAUAAUAGUGAAAUGCAUUUGUCUCCACGGACGUAACUAAGUUGGUACUCAAGUGAUAUACUUGUAUCACAGGAGUAAAAUUUGAAUUCUUUGGAAUUCAUUCCCUUAGAGAACAAGUUCCUCCCACCUAAGAAGCCACUCAAUAUCGUGAUGUAUCUCCCUUCCAUGAGAUGAGCGAUAUUAUCUUUUACUUCUCACAUCAGUGAAAUGCAUUUUGGCUAAGUUGACUAUCAAUACAUGUUUACCCUUUUGUGUUUACUAUAAAUAUUCCCUCCCUCUCAACAAAAUCUUCAAAACUUUCAAUUAAAUUUCAUGAUCAUGGAGAUUGAACAUAUCAGCAGGAAGUCUCCUCCUCCUCCUCCUCAUUCAUGGCGUUCUCUCGCGAGACGCUUCAGCCACUUCCUCCUCUUCCGCUGCGAUCCCUUCUUUCUUCAAUUCUUAUACUUUCUUCUCAUUUCGCUCUCCGGCUUCCUCGUUCUGAGAUCGCCGGCGGUCGCCGGAAGGGGCCGUCACAUUGAAGAUCUAGACCUAUUCUUCACGUCAGUAUCCGCCUCGACGGUGUCCAGUAUGAACACCGUCGAGAUGGAAUCCCUCUCUCCCGCGCAGCUCUGGGUCCUCGUCGUCCUCAUGCUCGCCGGCGGCGAGGUCUUCACCUCCCUGCUCGGCCUCCAAUUCACGAGCCUGAAGCUUAGACUAAAACGGGAGGAUUCGACCGUUGGUUCCGGCGGCGAGCUCGAGGACAAGCGCGAAGUGCUCAGGUGGCUGGGCUACGCCGUGCUGGGAUACCUCCUCUGUUUCCACCUCGCCGGAAUCUUCCUCGUCUCGGUGUACUUCGCCGUCGCGCGCGACGCGAGGGAGGUGCUGAGGCGGAAGGCGAUCGGGGUGCCGCUUUUCGCCGUCUUCCUGGUCGUGUCCUCCUUCAGCAACUGCGGCUUCGUCCCCACGAAUGAGAACAUGGCGGUCUUCAAGAACGACUCUGCUCUGCUUCUCAUGGUGAUCCCGCAGAUGCUGGCCGGCAACACCCUCUUCCCUUGCGGCCUGAGGCUCGCAGCUUGGGUCGCGAAGAGGGCGGCGAGGAGGAAGGAGCUGGCGGGGGUUCUGCGGGCGCCGGAGGCGGUGGCGAGCGAGUACAAGCACUUGUUGCCUCGCCGGCACUGCGUCUACUUGGCGGCGACGGCGGUGGGGUUCGUGGCGGUGCAGGUGGCGAUGGUGUGCGCGCAGGAGUGGAGGUCGUCGCCGGAGGUGUUGGGCGGCAUGGAGUGGUACCGGAAACUGGUGGCGACGCUGUUUGAGGCGGUGAACUCGAGGCACACCGGGGAGACGAUCGUGGACGUGUCGAAGCUGUCGCCGGCGAUCUUGGUGCUCAUCGCCGUCAUGAUGUAUAUUCCUUCGUAUACUUAUUUUGUUCCUUUAAGAGAAAGAGAUUUAUGGAAUUCCAUAAAAUCGCAAUACAACGAAACAAAGAUGCUUCGACGGAGCCUACACUUCUCCUUGAUAUGUUUCCCGAUCAUCUUCGUCUUUCUCAUUUGCAUCACCGAAAGGGAAGCGUUCUCGACUGACCCGUUGAACUUCAACAUCUUCAAUGUCAUCUUCGAAGUCAUCAGGAAAGCUUGUUAUUUACUAUAUAACACAAAAAUAUUUUACUAUUGUUAUCGUUAUCGUUAUCAAUUUGUGUUUUCUGAUGGUGAUAUAUCUUACAGUGCCCAUGGAAAUGUCGGGUUCUCGGUCGGAUACAGUUGCGAGCGGCGGACGAAAGUAAACCCUAAUGGUAGCUGCAAGGAUGCUUCAUAUGGAUUUGUAGGGAGAUGGAGUAGCAAAGGAAAGAUAAUCUUGAUGAUGGUGAUGCUACUUGGAAGACUGAAAAAGUUUCAAAUAAAUGGAGGGAAGGCAUGGAUGUUUGGUUGAGAAGAAAGAAUAUUAUUAUUAUUAUUAUUA